AUGGAUGAUUUUAUUCAAGAACUCAGGCACACCUUUAUAAUUUCUGAUGACACUUCUACAUGUGAAAACCUGUGUCGUGAUUAUGAUGAAUUCUUAGCUCAGAUCGCAAAAGAGGAUGAAACAUCAAGUAACCCAUGCAGAUAUUCUCCCGAAAUAAUCUUCACUCCCAAUCUGGGUAAUCUCUUUGUGAACAUUUCUAUCGUUGUCAAGCUCUCAGCAGGUGUAGCCGGAAGUAUUCCUGCUUUAGCUAAUGCAGAACCACUACCGCCUCCUCCGCCUGUUGAUAAAUCAAAGAAAUCUGCCCUGACAAUUGCCCUUGAGAAAUCUCUUUUAAGCGGAAAAUCCGCUAACGCCAACAAGUUUAUCGAUUAUGCCGUCUUUGAUGGACGCUCAGCAGAUGGGAAAAGUGCUUCCAUACCAGCGACCCGGUCUUCCCCUCGUUUGCGAUCUUUUUUGAUAUGGUUUUGGCGUGUUCCCGGUCUUCCAAAAGUAUCCAUCUCGGUGCUACCGUCAGCUUCGUGUACAGUGAAGGAAUUAGUUGGUUUAUCUCUUUGGCAGUACUUUAACGAAAACCCCUCUGCUGCAGCCUCAUUCAACAAUGAAUCAUGCCAUUUAGAUAAGGACGCAGCGUCACUGGUUAAUCGAAUAGCCGUAUACAUAUUUGACAUGCAUGACGAUGUAGAGGACUUUCCGCCUCUUCAGGCUUCCGAUAUCAUUCACAAAUAUGAAUUUGAUGCACUUGCAUUGGUAGAGAACGUUGCCAUUGCUCCACCCAACAAGGAAAUGAAUGCAGUGCCGUUGGUUUUCGUCACGGUCCAUUUAGCUCAGGGAAUAAGUCUCGUGCGUUUCCCAGUUUCUGCAACCCUCGAAACAGUUCUCAACGAGGCCAUAAACCGGCGUAAACUGCGUCAGCACGAAGGCUACGCCUACCAUCUGGAGCGGUGGGUUGAUCCUGAACUGCAGCAGCAAUCCGAGGACCAGCAGUCAGCGCGAAAGCCCCUCGAUCCCAGCCUCACCCUCGCGGACUGUCAAAAGGACAACAUGCCACUUCGGUUCGUCCUUAUCCGCGAACACAGUCGCUACGACCCUGUUGUCGACGACUCGGAUCCAGGCUCCUCCCCUCCAGCCCUUCCUACCCCGGCUGCCAUGGCAACCAAGCACUUGCAGUCGCGGAAGUACCGAGCCACUCAGCUUCGGGGUCCCUCGUCACGGGAUGUUCAACUCAGUAAGUCCGCACUGGCGCCCCUUGCUUUGCUUGUGGCCGACGAGGCUUCCAAAUGUGCCAUUUCCCGUGACCGGCUCGACGUGCAGGCCUCGCGGUUGCCGAAGAUCUUUCGUGGCAGCUCCAAGUCCCUGACGGUGCCGAUGUCGCAUGUUGUGGACUGCUCGCUCUGCGCCACCACCUCCGGCGACGUCUGCGACGUUCCCCUCUCCAAAGUACAAUUCACAAUCACCUACCUCCCGUCGGUAGUGAGCCAGCAGGCCGCAACCACCACCUGCGCCUCCUCGGCGGGCAGGUCGUCUGCGUCGCAAAUCGACGACGACGACGACAACGUCGCUGGCGCUGAGAAGGCCCUGGAAGCGAGGUCCGGCGUCGUCUGCGAGGACACGAAAAGCCUUGUCUUCGAGACGCAGUGGACGAGUGCACGGGCCAUCUGCCACCAGCUAAACCUCAUCUUCUCCUGCUGUCCUAGUCGAAUUCGUGAUGCCUACACCAACAGCCGCAUCGCACCCCUGUAA